CGUGUACCACGCGUGCGCAGACUGUCUGUCAUGGCGGCCUCCUGAGUUCCACGGCGAGGGAUUCGUGCGGGACUCCAGCCCAGCGUCAUGGCGGGUGCAUCCCAGGAGUAACAUGGGCCAGCCAUGGAUGAGGUUACUUUCAAAAGUGACACUGUGCUAUCAGAUGUCCACCUGUACACCCCCAACCAGAGACACCUCAUGGUGCGGCUGAAUGGCAUGGGACAGCCAGUCUUCCUGUCCCAGUUCAAGCUCCUGUGGAGUCAGGACUCUUGGACAGACUCGGGGGCUGAGGACAAUGGUCCCAGAGAUGUCUCCACACAGGAGAUGCCUCUUGCUGGGUCAGGAAGUGGCCACAGUCAUGAGGAUUUGUCCCUCCAGGCUGGCGAUGACAUCACCAUCCAGGAAGGGUUGAGUGUUCCCCUGGAUGAGGAUGGGGACCUAGAUGUGGUGCGAAGGCCACGGGCUGCUUCUGACCCCAACCCAGCAGAGCCUGCAAGAGACAAGGUACAUCCCAUGAUUCUAGCACAGGAGGAAGAUGACCUCAUGGGAGAUCGGGCACAGGAGAGCGGCCCCCACGACAUCAUCAAAAUAGAGCAUACCAUGGCCACGCCCCUGGAGGAUGUUGGCAAGCAGGUGUGGCGGGGCGCCCUGUUCCUGGCAGACUAUAUCCUGUUCCGAAGGGACCUCUUCCAGGGACGCACCGUGCUGGAGCUUGGGGCAGGCACUGGGCUUGCCAGCAUUGUGGCAGCCACCAUGGCACACACCGUUUACUGUACAGAUGUCGGCACAGACCUCCUAGCCAUGUGCCAACGAAACGUUGCCCUCAACAGCCACCUGGCUGCCACUAGAGAUGGUGUGAUAAAGGUCAAGGAACUGGACUGGCUGAAAGAUGACCUCUGCACAGAUCCCAAAGUCCCCUUCAGCUGGUCCGAGGAAGACAUCAGUGACCUGUAUGAUCACACCACUGUGCUGUUUGCAGCUGAAGUGUUCUACGAUGAUGACUUAACCGACGCCCUGUUUAACACGCUCUCCCGACUCGUCCACAGACUGAAAAAUGCCUGCACCGCCAUCCUGUCGGUGGAAAAAAGGUUCAACUUCACACUCAGACACUUGGACGUCACAUGUGAAGCCUACGAUCACUUCCGUGCCUCCCUGGACUCUCUGGAGAAGCUGGCUGAUGGCAGGUUGCGCUUCACGGUGGAGCCUGUGGAGGCCUCCUUCCCGCAGCUGCUCCUCUACGAGCGCAUCCGACAGCUGGAGCUCUGGAAGAUCGUAGUGGAACCAGCAGCAUGAGUCACCUCUGAAAGGUGUGACUUCUUGACGGUUGUCAAUAUGUUUCAAAUAAAAACAAACCCUCUGUGCACUGA